AUGUCACAGGUCGUGUUUCGAAGCCCUCUCCUGGCCCGUUUGACAGGCUGUAGCUUGUCGGUGCAGGUUGAACGAGGCUUUGCCCCCCAGGCGCGGUUGGGCUCCCAGUGCAGAUUCUUUAGCCGCAGCAUGUACACUAACGCUGAGCUCACGAUUCCGCCACCCCCGGCCCUCCUGCAACCUCUUGUUGUCCCGAAGAAACUAUUGCUGGGACCCGGACCCUCGAACAUCUCCACCCGCGUCCAAGAGGCAGGGGGCAAGCAGGUGAUUGGACACAUGCACGCCGAAAUGUUUGAGGAUUUCAUUCUCAUUAGCUAGGUUGAAAAUUUACAGCCAGAGAUUGCAGAAUUAGCCAAGCGACUGCGUUAUGAAGUAUCUGUGCGUGCAAAGCAAGUUGGAUGGUCUGAAAAGGUGGCUCGUUUUCACUUCAGGAAGAAUCUUCACAGGAUCAUCUCUGAGCUGUAUGUACGUGACAACUGUCAUCCUUUCAAAGCUAGUCUACUGAUCUGGAUCCAGUUGCCGCUGUGGAUUCUCAUAUCUGUCGCCUUGCGGAAUUUGAGCCUCGGAGCUUCUGAUACUGCAGCAGCCCCUGCUGUUCAGGACCUAGCAAUAGGAGGAAUACUCUGGUUUCCUGACCUUACUUUGCCGGAUUCCACCUGGAUUUUGCCCAUCUCAUUAGGACUUGUAAAUCUUUUAAUAGUUGAGAUUUUUGCUCUCCGGAGAAUUGAAUUGUCGAAAUUUCAGAAAUACGCCACUUAUAUGAUCCGUGGAAUCUCCGUGCUAAUGGUUCCGAUUGCUGCAACGGUGCCCUCAUCUAUGGCUCUCUAUUGGUUGACCUCUAGCUGUGUGGGCCUUGGACAAAAUUUAUUGCUACGUUCUCGCAGUGUUCGCACUCUCUGCCGGAUUCCCAAGAUGAAGUCGGACUCAGACACUCCUUUCAGAGACUUAUCAGUGGGACUUGUUGCAAAAUAUUUUCCUAAGAAGUGAUGAACUAUCCUUUCGUGUGCGUAAAAUUCAUGCUGUAACUUGAUGGGUCACCACGUGGCCUCAUAGUUCACAUUUCAAAAUCAGAAUGAAUUGAAUGUGCCCAACUGACAACAGUCAUGUAAGUCAUAUUAAAAAUGACAUGGUCUGCUGGACAUUGAG